UUUCCAGACAGGCAGCUCCGCGGCCAUCUAGCAGGGUGGCGUUGCCUAGCAACGACGGGGUCCUUUCUGGCUCGGUGGCGCUCGGGGCCUGCGGGGAGCGAACGGCCGCGGAGGGCGCUGGGAGCGGCCGGGGGACGGUGGCGAGCACUCGGUGUGCCUGGUAACCCUACCUCCUCGCCCCUAGUAAGAUGAGCGAGGCGGACCAGGCCCGGGUGGGGCCCAAGGCCGACGAGCCCUCGCCUCCCGCAGAGGAGAAGGACGAAGGGGGCGGGAAGGAGGCGGCUGCCGACGCGGCCCCCGGGCCCAGCGCCUCGUUCCGCCUCAUGGUGACUCGGCGGGAGCCUGCGGUGAAGCUGCAGUACGCGGUGAGCGGGUUGGAGCCGCUAUCCUGGUCUGAGGACCACCGCGUGUCUGUGUCCACGGCUCGCAGCAUCGCGGUGCUGGAGCUUAUCUGCGAUGUGCACAACCCAGGCCAGGAUCUGGUGAUCCACCGCACCUCGGUACCCGCACCUCUUAACAGCUGCCUCCUCAAGGUUGGUUCAAAAACAGAAGUUGCUGAGUGCAAGGAAAAGUUUGCCUCCUCUAAAGACCCUACCAUCAGCCAGACUUUCAUGCUGGACAGGAUGUUCAAUCCGGAGGGGAAGGCGUUGCCCCCAAUGCGGGGUUUCAAAUACACUAGCUGGUCUCCCAUGGGUUGUGAUGCAAAUGGCAGGUGCCUCUUGGCGGCACUGACUAUGGACAAUCGCCUGACUGUGCAGGUGAACCUCAACAGACUCCAGUGGGUUCAGCUGGUUGAUCUGACCGAGAUUUAUGGAGACCGUCUUUAUGAGACUAGUUAUAGACUGUCUAAAAAUGAGGCUCCUGAGGGAAAUCUUGGGGAUUUUGCUGAGUUUCAGAGGAGACACAGCAUGCAGACCCCAGUCAGAAUGGAAUGGUCGAGUAUCUGUACCACUCAGCAGGUCAAGCACAACAACGAGUGCCGGGAUGUGAGCAGUGUGCUGCUGGCUGUCCUCUUUGAGAACGGGAAUAUAGCUGUAUGGCAGUUUCAGCUGCCAUUUGUGGGGAAGGAGUCCAUCUCUUCAUGCAACACUAUUGAGUCAGGAAUCAGCUCCCCCAGUGUUUUGUUUUGGUGGGAAUAUGAGCACAAUAAUAGGAAAAUGAGUGGCCUAAUUGUGGGCAGUGCUUUUGGACCUGUAAAAAUUCUCCCUGUCAAUCUCAAAGCAGUCAAAGGCUACUUUACUUUAAGGCAGCCUGUUGUCUUGUGGAAAGAAAUGGACAAGUUGCCUGUGCACAGCAUCAAAUGUGUGCCACUUUAUCACCCUUACCAGAAGUGUAGCUGUAGCUUAGUGGUAGCUGCAAGAGGCUCCUAUGUGUUCUGGUGUCUUCUCCUGAUCUCUAAGGCAGGUCUGAAUGUUCACAAUUCCCACGUCACAGGCCUUCACUCACUGCCCAUUGUCUCCAUUACUGCAGACAAGCAGAAUGGAACAGUGUACACCUGCUCUAGUGAUGGGAAGGUGAGGCAGUUGAUUCCCAUUUUCACAGAUGUUGCAUUGAAGUUUGAACACCAGCUGAUUAAGCUCUCAGAUGUAUUUGGCUCAGUGAGGACUCAUGGCAUUGCAGUGAGUCCCUGUGGUGCUUAUCUGGCCAUCAUCACCACUGAGGGCAUGAUCAAUGGCCUCCAUCCUGUGAACAAGAACUACCAGGUCCAGUUUGUUACUCUUAAGACUUUUGAAGAGGCAGCUGCUCAGCUCUUGGAGUCUUCAGUUCAGAAUCUCUUUAAGCAGGUGGACUUGAUUGACCUAGUCCGCUGGAAAAUUUUAAAAGAUAAACAUAUUCCUCAGUUUUUACAUGAAGCUUUGGAAAAAAAGAUUGAAAGCAGUGGGGUUACUUAUUUUUGGCGUUUUAAGCUUUUCCUUCUAAGGAUUUUGUAUCAGUCAAUGCAGAAAUCCCCUUCUGAGGCCUUAUGGAAACCCACCCAUGAGGACUCAAAAAUCUUACUGGUUGACUCACCUGGAAUGGGCGACGGUGAGGAUGAGCAGCAAGAAGAAGGUACUUCCAAGCAGGGGACUAAGGCUGGCCUACAGGAGAAGAGCAAAGAGGGUGACACAGAGGAGACCCCUGAGGACACACUCACUGCUGUGGGAGACACCGGAGGCCGUGAACCCAUAGAGGAAAAGCUUCUUGAGAUCCAAGGGAAGAUUGAAGCUGUGGAGAUGCACCUGACCAGGGAGCACAUGAAGCGGGUCCUCGGAGAAGUGUACCUGCACACCUGGAUUACAGAGAACACCAGCAUACCUACCAGAGGGCUCUGUAACUUUCUGAUGUCUGACGAGGAUUAUGAUGACAGAACAGCACAGGUCUUGAUUGGACAUAUCUCCAAGAAAAUGAACAAGCAGACCUUCCCUGAGCGCUGCAGUCUGUGUAAGGAGAUCUUGCCAUUCACAGAUCGUAAGCAAGCUGUUUGUUCCAAUGGGCACAUCUGGCUCCGGUGCUUUCUAACCUACCAGUCCUGCCAGAGCUUGAUAUAUAGACGGUGUUUGCUCCAUGACAGCAUCGCCAGGCAUCCUGUUCCAGAAGAUCCUGACUGGAUUAAGAGGUUGCUACAGAGUCCUUGUCCUUUCUGUGAUUCUCCUGUCUUCUGAGUUCAGUGAGGAGGAUGGAGGAUAUGAAAUUGGCUAUAGAGAGUGCCCUGAAGCCUGAAGAGCAAGUGUGCUGGAGAGAGCCUGGCACUGCUCAGUGGAGAGACACUCUUCUAGCUGGAAGGAGGGAGUCAUCCUAGGAGCUCAUUGCACCAGCACACUCCCAUUUGACUGAAGGCUAUCUUUUAAAUGACUAAAUUCAGAGAGUUUGAGUCAUUUAAAGGGGAACAGUAGCCAUCCCCAGCUCCUCACCAAUGAGGACCACUUGUUUUCCAAGUGUCUUGCCUAAAGCAGUUUGAGCAGAAGCCUCUGCUUCUAGAGAAUCUAAGGACCUUCUUGUGAGUGAGGUUUCUGUCCUUGCUUUGGUCGGGGACUGCCUGUGACUCCAGAGGGCUGAACUUGGUUGGUACGUGACACUGCGUGUGCCAGUUCACCUUAAAGCGUAUAAAGCUAGCUGUCUGUGGUUGGUGUUUGCUCAGCAGACUCAUCUGAUAUUGACUCGUUUUCAUUCAUAUGGAAGACAUUUUCCUAAAACUAUAUUUUUGAAGCUGAGAAUAAUAUCAUCUUAAUGUAUCAAAUGAUCAGGUGACUAUUAGAAGUAAAUAAUUGUCAUUUUUAUCUCCUGUUAUCAGAUAUUUUCUUUUAAUAUGUAAGAGGAGAUGAAGUGCUCCUGCCCUCUUCACAGCCCUACUUCAUGCCCCUGUGGCAACCUAGAUAUUCGUACAUACAGGGGAAGUAUUGUCUUCUCUUAGUAUUAGAUUGAAGCUUCAGUAUUUCUAACAGUGACUUUUCUGGACAUCUCACUGAGUAUUUGGAGAGGAGGCUAAUCUAGAGACUUCUGGAGAAAGAUGAAGGUCCUUGAGCUCUGUGCUACAAGCAUGUGCAGCUCAAGUGGAAAACCUAAGAAUUUCCUCUCUUGCCAAAGGUCCUUAAUCUUUGGAAUUCAGGUAUUUUUCUGUGGGCUUAAAGAGAAGACACGCACUAUCAAUUGACUGCUAGUUCUUAACCCAGACCUGAAGCAUUCUGGAGUCAUAGUUGGGGUAUUGGAGUAAGUUUCCUGGGAUUGGUGCUAAUGAACUGGACACAUUUCUGAAACUGUGCAAUUGGAAAGUGAGGUAGGAAAUACAGAACAGGAAAUGCUUUAUUCCUUGAUGGUCCUUUUUAUCAUUAGUAUUAUUUUAACAUACUUUCCCACUUCGAUUUUAUAUCCUUAGCAAAAGAAAUAAUGUCUUAGUACUUGGGUACCACGGCGAGAGACAGAGCACAUGCACCCUGCCACACUUCCUGCACACUGGGCACAGGCCCUGAGAGGCACUUCCAGAAGCUGCUCUGAAAUGUCCUAUUAAGACUGUUGCCCUGUGCCGUGUGUUUAAUGGAUUGCUUGUUAGGGUCGUUAAUGUCCUGACAUAGAAUUGUUUCAAGAAUAUCAUCUGUCCAGACUUGAGGGGCAACAAGGAGAGCCCUAAGUGACCCAGUUCAGACUGCAUGGCUGCAGCAGAGCCUGCAGCUGUCACUCCUCAGAGGAAGAGGAUGACAGGAGUGGAGAUGGUAUUGAUGGUUGUUCCUAGUCUGCUACCAUGCAUGCCAAGCUUCCUUUCUUUUGCUCUUUGGAAGCAGUCUCCCUAGGUGUUCUCACAGGGAAUUUGGGGGAACUUAAAACCUGAUUGUUUAAAGCAGUUUGUGCAUUUCUGUGAAAUUUUAAUUAGAAGUAACAACACAAUUUCUAGGAUCUGUACUUGUGUACAGGAAGAAACGUGGCAACUGGAACACAAGUUUUCAGCAAGAGGCCUGGCCCUGCAGCAUUUUUAGGACUCUGAAAUCCAGCCACAUCCAAGUGUUUCCACAGCCAGUAGGGAUGUCCCUCUCCCCUCACAUACACCACACACUGAUGUUAAUCUUUAGAGCUGGGUGAAAAAGAGAAUUUGGGGUUGAUGGCAGCCUCCUGCAUGGU